CCGGAUGUCUUCGAGCCGCCAACCACAGCCAAGGCGCAGCUCUGGUCGCACGCAGUUAGCCUGCGAGCCUUGCCGCAAGAGGAAAUCAAAGUGCGACGGCGAGAAGCCCGUCUGCGGCUCCUGUCAGUCCCACGAGCUGGCCUGCCACUAUGAGCCAGUUCGACCUACACGCAGGCAAAAAUACUGGGACCGUGACUAUGUCCAGGCCCUCGAGGACCAAGUCCGGCUGCUGUCCGCCUCCCUCCAGCAGCAGCAGCAGCAGCAGCAGCAGUCCAAAGACCCCCCCUCCGCCUCCGCCUCGGCUUCUCCAACAAGCCAACCGUCGCCGGGGGCAUCAUCCUCCGAAGCAGCAAGCAAACAGCAACAGCCGCCGCCAGUGCAGCUCCCGUACGGCCCAAGGAUGCUCUCGGCCCUGCACGACUUCGGCUCCGUCAAGUGGGCCGACAUCACCGGCCGGGACGGCCUCCCGAUCCUCGCCGGCCCGGGCCGCUUCUCCUUCUUCUCCACCACCCUGCUGCCGACCUUUGAAGACGACGGCUCGUCGCCAUCAUCAUCGUCAUCACGCCGCCGCCGCCGCCCCUCGCCGGCUUCCAAGGCCAUCAACGUCCCCUCGACGGAGACGUUCCUCCUCGACAUCGCGUCCGACCUGCGCCUGAAGCAGCACCUCAAGGCGCACUUCCUCGCGCACAUCAACCCCUACUACAAGUUCGUCGACCCCGUCUGGCUCAACUUCUCGGACCUGUUCCCGCACAACGACACGGCGCUGCAGCUGCUCUACAGCGCGCUCUUCGCCGCCGCCGCGUACUCUUCGCCCGUGGCCGCGAGGGAGGUCGCCGAGGCCUUCAUGGCGUAUGCGGAGAGCCUCGUGCAGCACUGUUACCUGGAGCACCUGUGCUUGCCCGUGUUGCAGGCGCUCAUCAUCAUUGCGUGGUAUAAGCACAUGCAGCUGGAUGCGGCCAAGGGGCAUCUCUAUCACUACAUGGCCAUUGGGCUGUCCAACCAUCUGGAAAUCAGGGACACGCCGCAGCAUGAGCGGACCGUCGACGACGUUGCCACCAUCAGGACCUUUUGGUCUCUAUUCUUCCUCGACCGAGUCGCCACCCCAAAGCUAGGCGUUCCAACAGGCAUCCCAUGGGAGCCUGAGAACAUCACGCCUUACAUCGACACAGUCUCCCCGGAAAUGGUCGACGUAGAAGCCCUCUCCUUUGACCACCACUGCCGGCUCUACCAAAUCCAGCAGCGUUACAUCGACGUACGCCCCCAACUUCCACCACCUCCCCGCCCCGGAGAAGCAAGCCGUCUACGCCAGGGCAAACAACGCCAUGCUGUCCUUCCGCAAGCAAAUCGACCGCCGCCUCUACAUCAGCCGCAGCGCGAAGCCGCACCGCGUCCAGGUCGUCUUCUGGAUCACCUACCACUCCAUCCUCAUCAACCUCUACCGUCCGGCGCUCAACCCCGCGGACCCGAGCAUGGCGCACAACAUCCCCAACGCGCUGCGCUCGGCCACGGCGUCGGCGAUGGCGAUUACGAGGCUCCUCAAGGGCCUGCAGGCGUCGUCGUCGAUGUCGUCGGGCAGCUUUUGGGCUUGCUUUCGGGUGCUGGGGGAGCUGAGCGGGGUGUGGAAGGAGUUGUCCGAGGGGGCGAUGCCGUUUGUGCUCAUGGCGACGAGGGGAUGGGGGUUUCAGGAGGAGGCCAUGGGC